CACGCAUGCGCAGUGCGUAGUUUAAAACCGUCGCAUGUGGAUGUUUUUAGCUCUCCACGUGUGUUUACCGGCUAGGACAUCCCGUUACAGCCUGUGAUUGUGUGCCGUUGUAACAACAAAUAUGGCGAAGGCAGACGCUACAAGACGUAGCAAAAGGCAAAGCAAAGUUGUCACCAAUGAAGUUGUAGAAGACAGUGUUAACACGGAAGAGCAGCCUGAGACUGUCACUUCAGGUGAACAAAUAGUGGGAAAAGAUGAGGAUUCUCCCACUGAGAUGAAACCGGAGGAGAACCAGGAUGAACAAGAUUCUCAGAUGGAUGCAGUCAUUGAAGUAAAGGGAACAAAGUCUACUGUAACUGUAUCAUGGGACAAGAAGAAUGAGGAAGGCGAGGUGGAUGAUACAGAAAAGAGAACCGAUAAAAGUGGUCAGAUGAUGGAUACUAAAGAACAGAUUCAGAUCAUCUCUUCAGCUGCUGCAGUCGGUUCCACAGAGGACAGUCCCAGUAAAGAGACAAAGAUGAAGCAAGAGGUGCAGGAAUCUGGAGAAACUCAGAUGGACGUCGUUGCUGGAGAAGAUGAGAGUACAGCCACAGUAACUGUCACCUGGGAGAAGACGAGUGAGGAAGGAGAGAAAACUGAUGGAGAUGAACAGAUUGUUAAAGAGACAGCAGUAAAUGGGAAACGGAAGGCACCCCCUAGUGUUGAGACCUCCCCAUCAAAGAAGACUAAGCUCAUCAAUGAUGGUUUUUGUCUUUUUGUUGGAAACCUGAACAACUCUAAAACAUUCGAAGAAGUAAAAAAUUCAUUAGCAAAUUAUUUCAUGACACAAAGUCUCCUGGUUCAAGACAUCAGAUUACAUCGGUCCAAAAAACAUGCGUUUGUAGAUUUGGCCUCACAAAUGGAUUUGACAAAAGCCUUGACGUUAAACGGAGAGAUGAUACUCGAAAAGCCAAUGAAGAUCGCCAAAGCAAAGGUCAAAAGUGAGGACAUGGUCAAAGUGAAAGCUUCAGCGGAGGAGAAGAAAGCUGCCAAAGAUGCCAAAUGUUUGUUUCUGAAGAACGUCCCGUACAACGCAACAAAACAAGACAUUUUGAAAAUCUUCCGCAAGGCAGUUGGCGUCAGGUUUCCUGGUGGAUCUGUAGGCCCAGACAAAGGUAUUGCCUUUGUGGAGUUUAAAAAUAAAACGAUUGCUAAGAAAGUGCAGCAGAAAAAACAAGUAGCCAAGAUCCAAGACCGAGUUUUAAUUGUGGACCGUGUAGGAGAAGCAAGUGCAACUGAAGUCACCAAAGCUAAUGACGACGACAACAACAACAACAACAACGACAACAAUACACAAGCUGUAGCGCCUCCGAAUAACACCUUGUUUGUGAGCAAUUUGUCUUACAAUGUGAAAGAAAAAAACCUCAAGAACAUGUUUCAGAAAGCUGUUAGUAUCAAGAUCCCUCAAAGCAAAGGCAAAUCAAAAGGAUUCGCAUUUGUCGAGUUUGCAACUGUAGCAGAUGCUGAAAAGGCUUUGAAGUCGACCCAAAACAUUAAGAUCUCCAAAAGGGAGGUCAGAGUAAAAUUCUGCGAGAUGAGAGAAAAGACUGAGAAGGCAAAAGUCCUGUCAAAAACACUGAUUGUGGUGGGCCUCGCUGAGAAGACGACUGCAGAAACUCUUAAAAGUGCUUUUGAAGGAGCACUCAGUGCAAGAGUCAUUGCAGAUAAAGAGACAGGAGUUUCAAGAAGGUUUGGGUUUGUGGACUUUGAGAGUGAUGAAAACUGCAAAGCUGUAAAAGAAGCCAUGGAGGACUGUGAAAUAGAUGGCAGCAAAGUGACUGUGGCUUAUGCAAAAGCCAAGGCUGAACAAGGCGCCCCGGCUGCCAGAGGACGCUUGACGGGGCAUCGUGGCGGCAAGCUUGCAGGUAAAGGACGUGGUGCUGGAAGGCUGCAGGCUGCUGUUAAAGGAGCGGGGGGAAAAAACUAACUCUUCUGGGGAAAAUUAUCAUAUAGAGAUUUCUUCUUUUUCUUUUUUUUAAACUUUGAGUUUGGUUGAAUGUACUGACUGCAAAGGUGUGAAAUUUGUACAAUAUUGUUACAUUUGUUGUAACAUCUUGUAAUUUCAGCUGUUAUAUUUUGUACUUUAAAUCAUGAAUUUCAUAACUGUUAUGAAAACAUUAACUAAUGUUAAUUAAUUGACCUAUUUCACCUUUUUAUGUAAUUUUUUUUUUUCUUACAUGAAAAGUUAAGAUUUCAUCCAUGUAUCAUUUUCUAAUGUGAAGAUAAAACUAUUUAAAAACCAAA